AUGGAAAACACCACCAACCAGCUGCCUGCUCUGUCUUCCCACCAGGGAACCACGAGCGAUCGGAGGCCUCCACUGCGACAAACAGGGCCGCCACCGGGAGCGCCCCCAGCUCGCGGGCGGCGGGAACGAGGCUUCCAGGACGGGCGGCGGGGCCCGGCCGCUCGGCCCGCGCGCCCGCGACGGGACCCCUGCGAUGAUAAGCCCCUGCACGGACCCCGCUCCCCAGCCGGCCAGCAUCCCGUCUCUCGCCGCUCCUCCCCCGCCGCCCCCGGGCCCUCCCCGGUCGCUCCUCCUCCCGGCCCUCCCCCGCCCGCUCCUCACCUGGACUCGCAGCCGGGCCCUCAGCCUCCACGCACACGCUUCCGGAAGCCGCACGAUUACGUCGCCGCGGGCCGGAAGUCCCGCCUCCACGGCCGCGGCGGAAACGCAAGGCACGUCGGGACAGGGCCCUCUCGACGGGCCGGUGGUGCCCCCGCGCGGCCAACCUUGGGACUGGGCGCAUCCGAGGGCACCCGGGGGUCGGAUCUCCUGCAGCCGCCCUCGAGCCUGUCUGUGCUGUUUCUCUGUGAGUUGUCCCCAGGGUUUUGCUAG